AACAGAGGUGAACGAACCCGAACCCGAGAAAAGCACGAACUAUUUACCGUCCAACCGACGGUUAAACGGCCCGUCUCCCCCUCCCGGCGCGGUGUUCGUCCGAACCAAGCGGGGUCCUUUUACCACGGUCCCUAAAACCUCCGCUUCCGCCGCGCCCUUUGACCCCGCCGGCACGACGCCGCCUUCAGUAUGCGCUGGCUGACGGAAGCGGCGCUGCGUCCGCUCCGGUACCGGGACUUUAGCGGAGCCCGCCUGUUGUCCGGUGCGGCCCGCGUAGCUCGUCGGAACAUGUCCGCUCAGCGGAAGAAGCCGGAGUCGGUCCUGGGGACCAUGGCGUUCGGGGGACGCGCCGACGCGGCGGCCGGCUCGCGGCUGGUCGGCGAGUUCGUGCGGCGGGGCCACCGGCUGGUGGACACGGCCUUCAUGUACGCGGACGGCCGGUCGGAGAGCAUCCUGGGGGACCUGCGGCUGCCCGGCACCGUGAGUAUCGCCACCAAGGCCAACCCCUGGGACGGGAAGACACUGAAACCAGAAAGCGUUCGUUCCCAGCUGGAGACUUCCCUGAAGAGGCUGAAGACAGACUCUGUGGAUCUCUUCUACCUCCACGCUCCAGACCACGAAAACCCCAUCCAGGACACCCUGAAGGCCUGCGAUGACCUUCACAAAGAGGGGAAAUAUAAGGAGCUGGGCCUGUCCAACUAUGCGUCAUGGGAAGUGGCUGAAAUCGUGACAAUCUGUAGAUACAACAACUGGAUCGUUCCCACCGUCUAUCAGGGAAUGUACAACGCUACUACGAGACAGGUUGAGACGGAGCUGCUGCCCUGCCUCAGAUACUAUGGCAUCAGAUUCUAUGCAUACAAUCCUCUGGCAGGGGGCCUCCUAACAGGGAAAUACCAUUAUGAGGACAAAGAUGGUUCCCAGCCUGCAGGACGCUUCUUCGGAAACAACUGGGCUGAAGCCUACAGAAACAGGUACUGGAAGCAGAGCCAUUUCCAGGGAAUAGAUUUGGUUCACGAAGCCCUGGAGACAGCCUAUGGGUCGGAAAAACCCACCCUGACGUCUGCUGCGAUACGCUGGAUGUACCACCACUCCCAGCUCAAGGGUGACCUCGGGGACGGGGUCAUCAUUGGGAUGUCCAGCAUGGAGCAGCUUCAGCAGAACCUGUCUGCAUCUGAGGAGGGCCCACUGGACCACAGGGUGGUGGAGGCCUUCAGACAGGCCUGGGACCUUGUGGCCCAUGAGUGUCCAAACUACUUUCGCUGAAGGCACCGGCCAUCCCUGUUCACCGCUAUGAAGUCAGUCUCUCAACGAUGGUACAAUCAGACAUCACCAGUAGAAGUGGACUUGUAUGUACAAAACAGUACGCCUGACAUAGAUUUUGAUUUAGUAGUUAUAGAAUAUAGGACGCAGUUUCCCUUGAUACAGAACGGCGUGGGGCGGUCCAAGAUUUCUAUGGAUUAACGGCACUAAUUGUAAAUAUGACAAGUUUAUAAUUUUGCAGAGAAAACUAACAUUUUGAGGCCAUUUGUUGACAUUAACUAAACUGCUUCACUGUGACGAAAUUGUUUUUAAUAAACAAGCAUAAUUCA